GAUUUUGUUAAGAACAAAAGAGAGAACCAGAAUUCACACAUUUUAAAAAUUCCUCACACAUACCAUUUUAGCGCUAGUUCACCACUUUCAGAAACGACUUCACCAACCAGGCGCUUUUUUGUGCAGAGAAGCAAACACGAAAGCCAUCAAGAAGAAGCAAACUUAUAAAGUUCCUCCAUUCUCCUCCACACACAAUUAAAUCCAAAUAAAAUAAAUUCUAGCCAUUCAGCAUUCGAUCAGUUCAGUUCGUUGCGGGGUCGGUCAGUGAACGGUUGUGCAAAAACAGAACGAUAGUUACUUAUUUUCUUAUAUAUUUAAAAUAUAUGUAUUAAUAUUUUGUGAAUUCCUUUUUUGUUGUUGUAAACUAUAUACCUAUCAAAUUCAAUAAAGAACAAAAAACUAUGUACCAUUUAAAGAAUCUAGCUCGACACACUGCUGUCAAGCAGGAUGUUUCGACUCUCGUCAAAGCUAUGCCAACUGCACUCCUUCAAUCGCGUGGCUAUUCGGAACAUCAAAUUCCCGAUCGUCUAAAGAAUGUCCCCACCGACAAGGAUCCUCGUUUCUUUGACAUGGUUGAGUACUUCUUCCAUCGCGGUUGCCAAAUUGCCGAGAAUCGUUUAAUUGGCGAAAUGAAGGGUAAAAUUUCGGAUGAGGAAAAACGCAAGAAAGUCAAAGGCAUUCUGAUGCUUAUGCAACCAUGUGACCAUAUCAUUGAAAUUGCAUUCCCCCUGCGUCGUGAUUCUGGAGAUUAUGAAAUGAUAACCGGGUAUCGCGCUCAGCAUAGUACACAUCGUAUUCCAACAAAAGGAGGUAUUCGUUUCUCGUUGGAUGUGUGUCGUGAUGAAGUCAAAGCCUUGUCAGCUUUGAUGACCUUCAAGUGUGCUUGCGUCGAUGUUCCAUUUGGUGGUGCUAAAGCUGGUCUUAGGAUUGAUCCUAAAACAUAUUCUGAACAUGAGCUCGAAAAAAUCACACGCCGAUUUACUCUUGAAUUGGCCAAGAAGGGAUUCAUUGGACCCGGUGUUGAUGUACCCGCUCCUGACAUGGGUACCGGAGAACGUGAAAUGUCAUGGAUUGCCGAUACAUAUGCCAAAACAAUCGGUCAUUUAGAUAUCAAUGCCCAUGCCUGCGUGACAGGAAAGCCAAUUAACCAAGGUGGUAUUCAUGGACGUGUGUCAGCUACAGGUCGUGGUGUAUUCCACGGUUUGGAGAACUUCAUCAAUGAAGCCAAUUAUAUGAGUAUGAUUGGUACCACACCCGGUUGGGGUGGCAAGACAUUUAUCGUUCAAGGUUUCGGUAAUGUAGGUCUUCACACAUGCCGUUACCUUGUUCGUGCUGGUGCUACAUGUGUUGGAAUUAUUGAACAUGAUGGAUCAAUCUAUAACCCAGAUGGCAUUGACCCCAAGAAAUUGGAGGACUACAGAAAUGAAACAGGCACCAUUGUUGGUUUCCCUGAUGCUAAGCCAUACUCAGGAGAAAACCUCAUGUUCGAGCCAUGUGACAUAUUUAUUCCAGCUGCUGUUGAGAAAGUCAUCACCAGUGAGAAUGCUCACAAAAUUCAAGCAAAGAUUAUUGCUGAAGCUGCCAACGGUCCAACAACCCCGGCUGCUGACAAGAUUUUGAUUGAUAGAAAUAUUUUGGUUAUCCCAGAUUUGUACAUCAAUGCUGGUGGUGUGACAGUAUCAUUCUUCGAAUGGCUGAAAAAUCUUAAUCAUGUUUCAUAUGGACGUCUUACAUUCAAAUAUGAACGUGAAUCCAAUUAUCAUCUUCUGGCUUCAGUCCAACAGUCUAUCGAAAGAUUUAUUCUUGACGAAUCUGUCCAGGAAUCUCUAGAACGUCGUUUCGGACGUGUAGGUGGCCGUAUCCCAGUAACACCAUCAGAAUCUUUCCAAAAACGUAUUUCUGGUGCAUCUGAAAAAGACAUUGUCCACUCUGGUUUGGAUUACACCAUGGAGCGUUCAGCUCGUGCUAUCAUGAAGACAGCUAUGCGUUAUAACUUGGGUCUGGAUUUGAGAACAGCUGCCUAUGUUAACUCAAUCGAAAAGAUCUUCACCACUUACCGUGAUGCUGGUUUAGCUUUCUAAGCAAGAAAAAGAACAAAAAACAACCUAUGAAUAGUUUUUAAAUGAAAAAACGCUAGCGAGGGGAAUGGAGACGUUGAUGAAGGAUAUUGAAUAAGCUAUAAAAUGAAUGAACUUAAACAAGAAAUAAAAAAAAGGAAUUUAUGUUUAAACAAAAUAUAUGUAAUUCAUCUCCAACUCCUGCCAUAUAAGUAAAUUAAAGAUAACCGAACAAAAUUAAAUAAAAAAAAAAAGUUAAAAAAAAACCACACACACAAUCGACCAAACGAACAAAAUAAAUACAGAAGUCGAGUCGAGUAGCUUCAGCACGCGGUCUAUCUUUAUAAGUAAAAUUUAGUUUUAAACGUUUUUCUUUUCGUCAUCAUUAAAAAAAAUAGCGGCCUUCGCAAAAACUUAGUCAAGAUAAAAAAACAAAACAAAACA